AAGCACUGACUACAACUCUGCUUGGCACUCGCUGACACAUACAGCGCAGAUAUAUGGAAUUUAGGUGAUGGUUAGGCUACUUUACUAAUGUGGGAUCUGCUGGAGAACCGCUCACUCUUUGCAGCAGUUGAUUCGCCAAUGCGGGAGUACGAUGAUCAAAGCCAUCUUACGUGCAUUAUAGCUUUGUUAGGACUACCUCUAAAGGAUCUUCUUUCACGGGGUAGAAGAACGCCGAUGUUCUACGAUAUUGAUGGAUACCAACAAUGAGCUUCGAGACUGCCAUAAGCCAAAUUAGUGGAGAAGAGUUUAUUACUUUCAUUAAGAGAAUGCUCACAUGG